UUAAGGCUCCGCGGGGCUGUCUGCUGUGGCGACGCAGGCAGGGCAGGCUCUGCCGCAGCGACUCAUCCCAUCGCUAAGGUCCAGUUAGCCAAGGUGGAGGAUGGGAAAAGGAUGGAGCUGUCCCAGCUCCUCAAUGAGAUCAGGGCAAACUAUGAACAGCUUCUCACCAGAAAUCAGAUAGAGACGGUGCUGUCAACUCGGAUGCAGCUAGAGGAAGACAUAACCAAAAAAAUGGACAAGGAUGAGGAGGCUCUGAAGGCAGCUCAGGCUGAACUCAAGGAGGCCCGCCGCCAGUGCCACCACCUGCAAGUAGAGAUUGAGUCUCUCCAUGCUGUGGAAAGGGGCCUUGAAAACUCCCUGCAGGCCAGUGAGCAGCAAUACCAGAUGCAGCUGCAAGAUCUGGAGUCGGUGAUUGACAGACUAGAGAAGGAACUGCAGGAAGUGAGAUGUGGCAUCGAGAGGCAGCUUCAGGAGCAUGAGAUGCUUCUCAACACCAAAAUGAGGCUGGAGCAGGAAAUAGCAACAUACCGGCGCCUGCUAGAACAGGAAGAGCUCAGAUAUUAUGGCUGUAUCCAAGGAGAGAAAAAGGAAGAAAAACCUACCAGGAGUAAAGUUGGCUUUCUUCUCCCCUCAGCCAUUAUAAAUGAAAUAACUUUCUCAACAAAAGUCUCACAGAAGUAUGAGAAUGAUAAUGUGGAGACAAUGACCAAACAGGAAGUAUUAAAUGAAAACGUGGUGAAGGAGAGUGCGGAGGCUCAUGGCACCAUUCAGACAGAGAAAGUGGAUGAAGUUAUAAAAGAAUGGGAAGGUUCAUUCUUUAAAGAUAACCCCCGAUUGAGGAAAAAGUCUGUUUCUCUUCGAUUUGAUCUCCAUUUAGCAGCCACUGACGAAGGCUGUUUACAGAGCAGGCAAGAUAAUCUACCAGACAUCGAAGUCAGGCUUAUCAUGCGAAGAUCAUGUAGUAUUCCCUCCAUCAAACCCCCACCAGCAACCAACUAACCCAAAGACAGUACUUGGUUUAUCAGUGACACCAGGGUGUAUCUAUAUUUUUGUAUAAUGUUA